AUGUACUCUGAUAAGACCGUAAGCACUGUAAUGUUCCCUGUUGGUAAUUAUAAUAUUCAGAGCGAGUACGGACCGGCAAGUGAGAGCCGAAGUCAUCAGACGUGUUCAGCGGCACGAGGAGCUUGGAGAGGAUGUUCCUCCAUCGCUUGAUGAACUCCGAAGAAGCAUGCACAGAUUUGGUCCAUUAAAAAUCCUCGCCAUCCUCAAUCCUCGAAUCCUCGCCAUUUACUGGGAUGAGUGCAGUGUCCGAUUCCUUGUCCGAACGUUCCGAUCCUCCUUGGCACACGUCAAACGCUUAGCAGAUCGAUUUCUGUCAAGUCUUGGGUCAGUAGAGCCGUACGUGGAUGUGUUCGACACGGUGUCGUCAUCACAUUUCGGAAUUACAAUCACGGAUUAUGGAAGUGACGUCGUUGUUCCGAUCGGAGAGGUUCUAGGUCACGCAGUCUACACCUACGUUCACAACUCACUGCUUGUCCUCCCACUGGCCUCUUCUCCAACAUGCUCGUAG